AUGAUAAUAGGACGAUUGCCGGGCACAAGUGUGCUUAGGCAUUGUGCCCGCGUCACGAACAGGACUGUACGUUUCUAUGGUGGUCUUACUGGACAAAACUUGCCCAUUACCAGAUUCUCACCAAACGGAAUUCGACGAUUUGCUACUGAAGCUCCUGAUGCCGACCAGGUAGCUAUCCUAAAUGGUGAACGUGUCGCUGAGGAAGUGGAUGUAUGCAUCGUUGGAGCUGGUCCUGCUGGUAUAUCAGCUGCCAUCAAAUUAAAGCAAAUGGCAGACAAGGAUGGCAGAGAGCUACGCGUCUUUGUGGUGGAGAAAGGAUCUGACAUUGGUGCUCACACGUUAUCUGGAGCUGUAAUUGAGACCAAAGCUUUAGACGAACUAAUUCCUGACUGGAAGGCCAAAGGAGCACCAUUAAAUCAGCCUGCACUCAAGGAUAAGAUGCGAUUCCUGACUGAAAAGAUGUCGAUACCCUUCCCUCAUCCACCUCAAAUGAGCAACAAGGGCAACUAUAUCGUCAGUCUCAGUAAUGUUGUCAAAUGGAUGGGCGAGCAAGCUGAAGAAAUGGGAGUUGAGAUAUAUCCUGGAUAUGCUGCUAGUGAGGUCCUGUAUACAGAUACCGGGGCGGUCAAGGGCAUUGCUACGAAUGAUGUCGGUAUUAAUAAAGCAGGCUUGCCCAAAGACUCGUUUGAACGUGGUAUGGAAAUACACGCUAAAGUGACCUUGUUUGCUGAAGGCUGCCACGGAUCCUUGACCAAGAAGCUGAUUGGCAAGUACGAUCUACGAAAGAACUCUGAACCACAAACCUAUGGAAUUGGUCUGAAAGAGGCAUGUCAUUUAAAGCUAACGCAAGCUCAAAAAAAAGUAUGGGAGAUUGACCCAUCGAAACACGAUCCAGGCCUGGUAAUGCAUACCCUGGGCUGGCCUCUAGACUAUCAAACAUAUGGUGGCUCAUUCAUGUACCAUAUGGAGAAUAAUUUGUGUGCUAUUGGCUAUGUAGUCGCACUCGACUACUCAAACCCGUAUUUGAACCCUUACAAGACCUUUCAAAAGUAUAAAACACAUCCAUAUAUACGAAACUAUCUGGAAGGUGGCACGAUUCUCGCUUAUGGUGCGAGAGCCUUGAAUGAAGGUGGAUGGCAAAGUAUUCCAAAGUUGACAUUCCCUGGUGGUGGUCUUAUUGGAUGUACGGCUGGAUUUUUGAAUGUUCCCAAGAUUAAGGGGACACAUCUUGCUAUGAAGAGUGGCAUGAUAGCCGCUGAAGCUGCAUACGACGCUAUAGCCAACGCACCAGAAGGCACAACCACACCUCUCGACAUAUCAUCAUACGAAGCAGCAGUCAAAGAAUCCUGGGUGGGCAAAGAACUAUACGAAGUCCGUAACGUCCGUCCGUCCUUCCACAACCCUCUUGGAAUGUGGGGUGGUAUAGCGUGGACUGGCCUUGAUACACUGAUACUGAAGGGCCGAGCACCAUUCACAUUCCACCAUCCGGGCCCAGAUUACGCAAUGUUGAAACCCAUAAAGGAUUGUAAACCUAUUGAGUAUCCUAAAGCAGAUGGCAAACUCACGUUUGAGUUGCUGGAGAAUGUCAGUAGGACGGGUACUGGACAUGCUGAUGACCAACCUAUUCAUUUGAAGUUACAGAGGGGUCCAGCAGAUCAGUUGGAGAAGAAUCUGCCGGUUUACGGUGGUCCUGAAGCCAAGUUUUGUCCAGCUGGUGUAUAUGAAUACCUAGACGAUGAUGCCAACCCAGGACAGAAACGCUUCCAAAUCAACUCGCAAAACUGCAUCCAUUGCAAGACAUGCGAUAUCAAAGAUCCAAGCCAAAAUAUUAACUGGACUGUGCCAGAAGGUAGUGGCGGCCCCAAGUACGUUAAUACAUGA